GGAAAGGGGCGUGGCCAAAGGACACGGGAGAGGUCGGUGCCAGUUAGUGCCAGUUAGUGUGAAGGUUGUGAGACGACGCGCACGCCCACAAUGUCAGCGCGGGCGGGGGCGGUAGUGGUGGUGUUGGUGUCAGCGGCGGUGUUGUGUGAAGCCGCUGCUUUCCCGUUUUCUAAGAGUAAGGAAAACGACCCGCUAGAAAGGGUCCUGAGAAUGAUAGACACAGAGAGAACGAGAAGAAGUGACUUUGGAGAUCUGAUGAUGGAGUCGGGCGAGGAGAGCGAUCAGCUGUCUCGACUGCUUUUUGAGCGACAGUUUGGAACAGAACCAGAAUUUGUACGACAGCUGAGACACAGGAGACACAAGAGUAAAGAAAAGAGAGGAAGGAGCAAAGAGAGGAAACGCACAAGCAAGGAGAAGAAAAAGAAACACAGCAAGGAGAAGAAGAAGAAGAAACACAGCAAGGAGAAGAGACCCCACAGUCGAGAAAGAUACCCAUGGCAUACGACCUCCGUUACUAUGACAACACCUCUAUCCACUUCAACGUCCACAUUCGAGUCAUCCAGCCUGUCAGUCUCCACGUCAACACCUACGCCCACGCCCAUUCCAACGACUGUGACAACGACCUCCCCGACGACCACCGCAAGGACUUCGAUGUUCACGACAACCCCGAACUCCUUCACUUCGACGUCAAACGACCCAAGAUUUCCAGAAGGAAUGCCCGGCUUUUUCCCCGAUGCGGAGACUAUCGAACCGUUUAUCUGAGGGUCUAGAUAAGCGAUGGGUAGAUAGAUAGAGGGAUGGAUCGAUAGAUAGAUAGGAUUAUGUGUUCGUAAUGUCGGGGAUUGGUUGAGAUGUCUUAUUAUUAAAAAAAAAUGAUUACGGAUUUCUGAAUGAUAUUAGUGUUUCCUUCCUUCUCUCUCUCUCUCUCUCUCUCUCUCUCUCUCUCUCUCUCUCUCUCUCUCUCUCUCUCUCUCUCUCUCUCUCUCUCUCUCUCUCUCUCUUCUCUCUCUCUCUCUGCCUGUAUAUCUGUCAAUUUAUCUAUCGAUCUACCUCUGUCCAGGGUGUAUAUAACCAGGUAACUCCAUCUCCGUUUAGCGUGUUAAACCCAAAAAUGAAAUUCACUAUUUCUCAAGAUUAUUCUGACGGCUGUUAAUGGUAGGGAAUUUUUCGUUAUCAUAAAUAAAACAGGAAAAUGUUAUUUUUACUUCUGGGGAUUGUAGCAAUAUGAAAUAAUUGAUACACAUAUGUAUAUUGUUAUAUCUGAUAUCUCACAGCAAACUCUCAUCGGCCAAUAUGUGCAAUAUUUUAUGGUAAAUGUUUUUUUUCUGUGCACUUUCUUUGAAAAUAGUUCAAUAAUAACAAUGGUAAAAUAUAUUCGAAAAGGAAACCAAGAAAAAAUAAAUAAAAAUUAAUGGCUGCAAUGAAUAAAGGCAUUGAGACGGCUUAGCUUGGAAGUUACCAACUAGGUUUUUCAUCAAGGAGUGGGGUUACUUGUGUUAAAGUACCUUGCCUCUAUCCAUCUAUCUAUCCAUUUAUAUCUCUCACUCUCUCUCUCUCUCUAUCUCGCUCUCUCUCUCUCUCUCUCUCUCUCUCUCUCUCUCUCUCUCUCUCUCUCUCUCUCUCGCUCUCUCUCGCUCUCUCUCUUACACUUGUGCACGU